AUGACGGAACCAAAGGAACCAAACCGUGGAAUCGAGUUGCAGAACCGGAACCGUGAUGAGGAAUCGGACACAGUGACGGCAGGUACGGAAUCGGACAGAAAAUGGAAUCUCGACCCGAUCCAGCGGGCGAUGGGUCAACUCGGCUGGUGGCACAUCCUUGUCUGUGCCGUCGUGUUCCCGCUCAAGUUCCCGGUCGCUUGGCAUCAGAUGAGCAUCAUCUUCCUGGGACCAACCGUCAACUACACGUGUGCCUCGGAUCCGGCGCUGGAUAAAUGUGACAAAGCUUGUACGAGCUGGAGCUACGAUAACAGCACGUUCCUUACGACCAUCACGAGCGAGUGGGAUCUCGUGUGUGCCAACGCUAACCUGGUAAAGCUGUCACAAACCAUCUUCAUGUUUGGCAUCCUUGUUGGAGGUGUUCUCUUUGGUUCGCUCGCUGACAAGUAUGGCCGAAGACCUCCACUGGUGAUAGCGGUCAUCAUUCAGCUAGCUUCCGGUGUCGGUGCUGCCGUCAUCGGUAACUUUUGGGUGUUCGUAGUACUCCGUUUCCUGACAGCUGUCGCCACCGGUGGUACUAUGGUGACCAGCUUCGUCCUGGUGAUGGAAAUCAUUGGCCCCAAAUGGCGCGAGCUGUUCUCCGUGCUGUACCAGAUCCCGUUCAACUUGGGUCACCUGACACUGGCCGGCUUUGCGUACUUCCUGCGCGAAUGGCGUGAUCUUCAGUUCGCGCUCUCGAUAUUCUCCGUGCUGAUGUUGUCCUACUAUUGGCUGGUGCCGGAAUCGCCCCGUUAUCUGUUCACGUCUGGCAAUCUGGAUGGCGCAGUGUCGGUGUUGGAGACCGCGGCCAAGCGCAACAACCUCCAGACGGACACGAUCCGUGCCGACAUCGAGCAGUACGCGCGGGAAAAGUCUCGUAACGCGUCCGCAUCCGCUUCCAAAGGCAACGUGCUCGAUCUGUUCCGCACGCCUAACAUGCGCGCUAAAACGCUUUACAUGUGUUUCAACUGGUUCGUUUGUGGGUUGGCGUUUUUCGGUGUGGCUCAGUACAUUGGACAUGCCGGUGGUGACAUUUAUACGAACGUUGCGAUUAGUGCCGCACUCGAGUUGCCUGGUACGCUGCUGUGCAUUCACAUGAUGAAGGCGUACGGCCGUAAGAAGACGCUGAUUUUCUCCAACACGCUGGCUGGGAUCUCGAUGUUGGCGAUCGCGUUCGUACCGAGCACGGCCAGCACACUCAACGUUGGGCUGGCGUCUGUUGGACUCAUCGGCAUGAGCAUCAGCUUCCCGACCGUGUACCUUUAUGCCGGUGAGCUGUUCCCGACUGUCGUGCGAAAUGUUGGCAUCGGAACCGCUUCUAUGAUAGCCCGAUUUGGUUCGAUGAUCGCACCCUUUGUGGCUGGAAUGGGCUCCAUCGCGUACUGGCUGCCACCGUGCAUUUUCGGUCUGGUUCCGUUGCUCGGAGCGUUGUGUGUGUUCUUCUUGCCGGAAACUCAGGGCCACCCACUUCCGGAAACCCUCGAGGAUGGUGAGAACUUUGGCAAACGCUGCUCGGGAACGGUGGGCACAAACGGAACGGUGGCCGGUGUGGAGAACGGCAAGCAUUAGCAUGACCUGUUCUGAGGAUCCUUCGGCGCAGCAGGAUUCCGAACUUGUGUUAGCAUUUCUAGUUUAGUGUUCGAUCUGUUCCUGCCUCCAGGAAUGUCGCUUUGCGGUAAAGGGCACGAUCGAAGGGCGUCGCUAGCCUACCGGACGGCACUAUGUGUCCGCCCCGAGCCUUACAGGGAACGGAAAACGUCCUCCAUGUGGAGCAACUGCCAGGCAGAGCGUCAGGGCACAUUGAUGUAUAUUUUAUUUUACCUUUUACUCUACAUGUGUAAGUAGUGGGCAAGAUUUUCGUUUCGCCGAUGAACAAACCGUGCUCGGAAAACGUGGCCGCCUCUGUGACAGUGAGUAGUGGUAGAUUAUAGCUCAGUAGCAUCCACCGAUGGUGGCAAGUUAGUAGCUAUUCAUAGCGUGAUAAAUAAACUUAGUCCAAUCAAC